AUGUUGGCAGACACACGUGCAAAUGAUUUGUCAGGGCCGCCUCUUUGUCUGGUGGCAAUAAAUGGAUAUUGGUUGGGUCUCGGCGAUAAGGCUCACAAUGGCCGAGACAGCGAGCUGGUUCCUAUCGAACGGGUAAGAACCGGCACUCAGGCGGGAACCGUGCCAGCGUCUAAUCCCAAACGCCUAACACCGGAUAGCUGGGAGCAAGAUCAGAGGUUGAGGCUGGGGGGUGGAGCGCAAAGGCUGUUGGCUGUCUGUUUGGGAUCCAUUGAGGGGCUCCAAUUCCGUUUAGCGGUGUACCCACCAAUGGCUACUUCUUUUCUCUCUCUGAUCAACAGCCGGACAAUCAGUCGUCAUCUGUCCUCCAUAGGCAUAAUACAGGCAAUAAAUAUUUACCCCAGUCAGCAGAGCAAUGUCCCAGUCAUCAGUCCCCCUACAUAA